GAAGAACAUGUGAAUGUGGACAGAUGAAGAGGAUAGAGAAUUGGUUUAUGCUCUUUUUGACAUGGUCAAUACAGGAAAUCACAAGGCUGACAAUGAUUUCUAGUCAGGCUUUCUUGGGGUGCUUGAAGGAGUGUUGCAUGAGAAGUUGCCGGGGUGUGGAAUUAAGGCUAAGCCACACAUAGAAUCUAGGGUCAAGACAUUGAAAAGGGACACUGGAACUGUGUUUGAUAUGGUUAACGGAGUGGGCUGCAGUGGAUUUGGAUGGGAUUCCAACACAAAUAUGGUGGUUGCUGAAAAACAAGUUUGGGAUGGCUAUGUGCAGAGCCACAAGCGUGCUGCUUACUGGAAAAAUAGGAGUUUCCCACAUUGUGACAUGUUGUGCAUCAUCUUCGAGAAAGAUCGUGCUACAGGAAAAGAUGCGGUUACUGCUGAUGAUGUCUUGGAGGAAGGGAGCAGAAAUGAGAGCAUUGACACACAAAAUUUGAGUGUUGAAGAAAUCGAUACAUUUUCGAAUGCUUCCAUCAACGAUGAAGGAAACAGUAAUAAAGGAAAGAAGAGGAAGAAUAGUAGUGACAGUUCGGAUGCCUUUCGUGAAGCAGCUAUGAUUAUUGGCACCAAGAUUGAAGAAGCAACAGAUAAAUUCGGUCGAGCACUAGGUGUGAAUUUGGAUGUAGCUUUGAAGAGGGACAAAAUCAACGAGGAGCUUUGCAAGCUUUCCAAUCUAUAGAGGGUUGAGUGCUGCGGAGCCAUGCUCGCUAUAGCACGUGAUCAUGAGGUUACUACUUGCUUCUUCACCUUGGAAGAUGAUGAGAAAGAAUAAUUUGUGAAGGCUUUACUUAAUGGAGAUCUCUAUGUCCAUUAUUAUUACUUUGCUAUAUUCCUGUUUAUUUCUUUGUUGAUACUAGCUAAUGUGUUGGAUCUUGUUGCUUUCUUUUUUUUUUUUUUGAUGGAUUCGAUCUUCUUACUUGGAUGAUGCUAUUU